AUGCAGAACCAAGUGGCCAGUAAGCAGGAGCAGAAGCCUGUUCUCAUGUGCCCAUCUGUUGGGUGUAUGGCCAAGUUCAGGAAACAAGUCAGACUGAGAGAACAUGUGGCUAAACACACAGGACAGAAGCCAUGGCGCUGUGACAAACAAGGGUGUGAGAAAGCCUUUCUCCGUAGAACCCAGCUCCAAAAUCAUUGUCUGAAACACAUGGGACUGAAAAAGUACAUCUGUCCCUCUGCUGACUGCCGGGCUGCUUUUGUGACAAAGAAGACCCUUAAACGUCACCAAAAGUAUAAACAUGCGACAGAGGACCCCCAUAAGUGCUCAGUGAAAGAAUGCUGUAAGACCUUCAGAAAGAAAAAGGCCUUAAAACUGCACCUCUCAGAACAUAGUGGCGAGCCCCUGUUUCGUUGUGACCAGCCUGGGUGUGAAUGGAAAUCCAAAUCUAAAGCCGGUGUUGCAGGCCACAUCCGGCGCCAUGCAGGCUACCGAUGCCCUUUCCAAGGAUGUCAAACUACCUCUCCAACCUGGUCGGCUCUGCAGACGCAUCGGAAGACCCAUCCAUUGGACUUGAAGUGUGCCAAGUGUAAUAAGCCCUUUAAGAACAGGGGUGCCCUGCGGAAACACAAACUAACCCAUGUGUUCAAACCCGUCGUCUAUACCUGCCCCAGAGAGGACUGUAAGAAGACCUUUAACACUGUCUUCAACCUAACUCAUCACAUACGCAAGAUCCAUCUCUGUCUGCAGCCCUACCACUGCUACCACGCCGGCUGCGACCGCACUUUCGCCAUGAGAGAAAGCUUGCUUCGUCAUCUUGUUGCACAUGACCCAGAAAAGAAAAAGAUGAAGCUUAAAUUCAAUCUGAAACCCUCAAGGCGUGUAAGAAGGUACCAUCAUCCUUUGCCUGCAGUGGAGCAAAAUCUGAGUCGCCUCUUUAAUGUGAAACUUGGGUUUCGGAGCAAGACCCUGCUGGAGAGUAACCUUUCUGGCUUAUUCAAUGAGCGACAGCUCCGUGAUCCUGCUGAGCCAGAAGUGAACCUGAGCAGCCUCUUCCACCUGCCUUCUGCCCGGGCCAGGGCUGAAAAAGCUGCCUGA